UUUUCAAUGAAUCAAUCACAAACACAGUACGCAACAACAAUUAUAUGUAUUUUGUUUCUUGUCGUAGUUCUAUCGAGCUGUUGCGAACCGAACCACUGAACUGAGAUCUAGUUCACGAAAUCGAUUGCAGCCAUCAGAGUUAUCGGCAGCAUAGAUACGCGCGAGACGAAGUCACUUUAACAGCAGCAGCUCCAAGCCCCAAUGCGAUUUUAACCGUCCCGAGCUGCUUGCCGUAGCCGCAGUCAGCCAUGGACUACAACUACUACGACGAAGGAGAUGACAUCGACUACAUAGAGUUUGCGGAGGAAGCUGGCGGCGGUAUCGACUACGGCUUCCAUAGUGGUCACAGGCAGGACAACUUCUACAGCGAUGCAGAGCCGGAGGCGAAAGACUUUCUGGUGAUGGAUCGACUGGCGCAGAAUUUAGAGGCCUGCGUGCAGCCUUCGCUGCUGCAAGUAGCAAAGUACGUGACACCUAUGCUGGGCCUGUGCCUGGUCGGACGCCUGCUCUGCCUGCUCUAUGCCAUGAAGCGCCGCUUGCCGGCAGCCGGAGUGUCGUUGCGCGAUGCAAACAGUAUCGCCGUGGCUCCCUUGCACCUGAUCCACGCCACCACCGGUCUGAUCUUGCUGUACGCCACGCUCGGCCAGCGCAUGGGCGAGCGCGUUGGCCUGCUGCUGAUCCUGAGCACCCUUGGCUACCUUUUGCUGCAGCUGGUGCGUAUGUACAGCGGAAGGAAGGCCGCCACCAGCAUAGCCGUGCUCACCGUUGGCAGCCAGUUCCUGUACGAGCUGGCCAUAUGGAGACAGCGCAGCGACUGGCCCCAGCUACGGGGCGUCCAGAUGGUGGUAAACAUGAAGCUGAUCUCGCUGGGCUUCGACCUGGCCAGCGGACAGGUGCCGCGGAUGCCGGGCCCCCUGGCCUACUUUGGAUACAUCUACAGCCCGGCGACCUGUGCCCUCGGGCCCUGGAUCAGCUAUGGUCGCUACGUGGAGUGCCUUGUCGCACGAGGCAAGUGGCUGGUCACGCUGCGCCAGCUGAUGCUCAACAUGCUGCUCUGCCUGCUGGCGGUGGCCGUCUCCAACUGCCUGGCCCACGCCCUGGGUGAGAUUGCCAGCGGCUCACACUUCCUCCUUAUGUACACGGAGGCGCUGGGUGUCCGGAGCAGCCACUACUUUGUUAGCUUCAUGGCCCAAGCUCUGCUGCUCAGCUCGGGGCAGACCCUGGACGGAGACUCCAAGGAUUCCAAGGAGCUGGACGAGAGGCUACUGGGCCCGCUGGUGACGCGGCCCUGGCAGAUCGAGUGGCCCCGCUCGUUGAGCGUCCUUGUUCGCAGCUGGAAUAUCCCUAUGCACGAGUGGCUCAAGCAAUACAUCUACGGAGGCUUCAAGGACCACAAACUGGGCCACACCUUCUGGGCCGUCCUCUGCACGUAUGUGGUGUCCAGUCUGCUGCACGGCAUGGAUCUGCGCAUCUACAUGGUCCUGCUCUUCCUGGCCAUCUUCGCUGAGAGCGAGCGGCUGCUGCGCCGCCACCUGGCCAACCUUCUCGAUGCCUGUCUGGCGGCCGGUCAGUGCAAGGGUCCCGACAGCUGUCGCUUCUCCCGCUGUCCGCGACGUCGUGGCUGGACCAGCGGCUGCGGCUGGCUGGUGCGGCUCACCAAUCUGAUCUUCACCCUGUGCGCCAUAUUCCACCUGGCCUACCUGGGCAUAGUGCUGCUCAACGAGACCCUUAACUUGGACAGCAGUCACGUCGGCGGGGUAGAGUCCUUCGUGUGGCAUUGGUCGGAGGCGGGCUACCUGAGCCACUACAUCAGCUUCGGCAUGUUCCUCCUCUACUUGUUCAUCUCCUAGGCGGCGGCGGGACCAGAGUCCCCCCCUUAAGAACUGAUCUACACGUAUUUGAAUUCUGAAUUCGCCAUUCGAAUCUAACUGUACUUUUGUAUGUAUAUCUGUAUAGCGUAUUCGUGUGUAUUCGUGUAGCUACUAUAGCGCAUGUAUCUGUUUGUGUAUAUUGUGUAUGAAGUACUUAAAAUUAUAAUUGAAUCUGUGAAA